UGCACCUGAAGCGUACGUAGCACAACAUGGAUUUGAUGGAGAGUGAGCUAAUGUGCGGCACGAACAUUUGAUCACUAUAAACAAAUCCUUUGUGAACGCUCAUACGUCGUUUUCGAUGAGAGAGUCCAUUAUUAAUACCAGUCCGUUGAGAUCUCGUCUGCCUUCCUUUCCUUUCAUAUCUAGAGUAGACAAAAGAAACCAUUUAAAUACUCAUUUCUUUAUUAGCCACUGAGGGCUCCAACAAAAUAAUUUAAAUACUGAGUCUACUAAAAUCAACCACACUGAUUCUCUGAAAACGUGUGACUUUAUGACAAUCGUAGGAAUACCAUCGUGACGAAAUUGAUUGAGCGUCAAAGAAAGUGUUUUUGUAGUUUAUUUCAUAACACUCAUUGCGUUUCGAGUUCGAAUUUCUCUCUAAUAGUUUUUGUUUUUAAUCGUUUUAAUCAGAAGGAAUUUGAACUCAGAACAUAAAGACAAACGAAAUAACGCUAAGCAUUUCGCCCGGUGUAACGUUUCUGCCAGCUCGCCGCCUUGUUGGGAAUAUCUAUCUAUCUUAUAUAUUAAAAGGUAAGUUGUCUGUGUGUUGUGUAAAACCACUUCUACUCCAAAAAUUUUCAACCGAAUUUCACGUGUACUCUCUUUGACUUAUGACGCUUUUUAUAAUUUUUUCCUCGAAAUUCUGCGCCCCCAACAUAAAUAAACUACUCACAAUUCGCCUAGGAUUUGAACCCACCACGUCUAUGCAACGGUACGCGUUUGAUCUUAUCAUAUUAAAAGGCAAGUUGUCUGUAUGUUGUGUGAACCACUUCUACUUCUACAAUUUUCAACCGAAUUUCACCAAAUUUGACAUGUGCUCUGUUUUCACGUGAGCGCUCUUUUCCAUAUAACUAUUCCAACUUAAAACAAGCUGCUUCAAAACUCUUAAAAUUAAAAAUCCUUAAUUCGGUCUGUUUGAUUAACAUUUUUGCCAACUUACAUUUUACUAUUUUUUGGGUGCUACACAUUCACCAAUUUUUCCUUAGGACUUUUUCUAUUGCGUAAACUGAUAAUUUUCCACCAUGCCGCGACGCAAAAGAUCCAAUAUAGGUCGGCAAACUAAUGCUGCAAAGAAAAGUAAACAUAUGCGUGCAAAUAAAUCUGCCGAGGAUGUCGCCAGAAGGAACUCUCUAAAUGCACUUAAGAUGGCUUCAGCACGAAGAAGGGAAAGUGAAGAGCAGCGUUGUGAUCGGUUAGCAAAUGUUGCUGCGCAACGAGCCGCCCAGAGCAACGAGCAACGUUCAGCACGCCGAACAAGAAAUGCUUCCUCUACUGCUGCUGCACGAGCUUCGGAGAUUGCAGCACAACGUCCAGAUCGAAUAACAAGAGAUGCUUCGUCAACUACUGCUGCACGAGCUGCAGCACAAUGCACAGUUCAACUUACAAGAGAUGCUGCAGCAACUGCUGCUACGCGUGCUACGGAUAAUGUUGUAUGUGCAACCCAGCGAAACAACAGUUAUACAGAGGUGUCUCCUGUGAUGCUCAAAACUUUGUCAGAACGCUGGGUUCCGUAAGGUGAAGAUUCCAGUGUUAGAUAUAAGUGCAAGGAAAGCCCGUAGAAGCUAUUAAAAGAGAGAUAUAAAGAAAACUCCACUUGGAAUAUUCGAUAAAAAUCAGGAUGUCAGCUAAGACGAAAAUAUUAAAGUGAAUAAGGAAAAAAGAAAUUUAAGAGAAAAAUUAAAAUUUCUAUUUGAAUCGAAGCAAAAUGAAAAUAUAUUUUGAAUCAAUACAAAGAGUAAAAAAAAUUGCAUGUACAUUUAUUACUUUUUUUUUAUUGACUUUUGACAUCAAUGCAAAUUUCCAUUCUGUAUCUGCCAGGUUAUGAAAAUAAAUCUUAGUUUUUGUCAGAUUAAAUAUUAAACAAGAAAGAAAAUCUGGAAGAGGAGGAAAAAAUGUGCAUUUAUAUAUCGUUAUCCACUGCAUUGCUGUGUGGUUAAGAAAUUCGCUUUGCAACCCUAUUGUUACAUGUUCAGUUCCAUUGCGUGGCACGUUAGGCAAGAGUCUUCUACAAUAAUCUCGGACUAACCAGUUUCUUGAAUAAAUUUACUAUUCAUUUUAAAAUGAGCGAAGGUGAUCUCACUCUUUUGAAUCUUUCCCUGAUUUGAGAGAAUAUUACAAAUUUUCAUUUCCAUGGAAUCUAAAAUACUGAAACUCUGAGGAUAUCACACAUUUGUCAACAAGUGAAUUCGCCCUUAAGAAUGGGGGUGGGGCGUUAACAAGUCUGCCGUGAGGCAGUACAAUAACGAGAUUCGAACACGCGAACACAAUAACGUCAAACUUCAACGAUAAAUCCAACGAAAAAAAUAAGUCGUACGAACCAAAAUGGAACAGUCCAACUCAUCAACUUCGCAGUAAAAAAAAAAAACAAUCGUCUGUUCAACUCAAGAUCUUCACUUGGAUCCCAAUCCCUUGUGCUGUCCCCUCUGGGUUCAACUUCUAUGGUUAAUAAAAAAUCAAUUCAAGAAGUGGCUACUUCUUAAGCCUGGUGCUUAUUCUAUCAGUCCGCUAACCGGCAGUUUACGAGGGUGUAAACAAACCAAUAUUGGCUGUCAAGUAGUGAGAGGGAGGGACAAAUACAAAGGUGUCGCACACGCACACAUACGAUGGGUUUCUUUCAGUUUCUGUCUACCAAAUCUGCCCACAAGACUUUGGUCGGCCUGAGGCUAUAGUAGAAGGCACUUGUCGAAGGUGCCACGGAAAGGGACGGAACCCGGAGCCAUGUGAUUAGGAAGCAAACUUCUUACCACACAGCUGCGAACUUUAAAAUUUUUUUAAAUUCAGGAAUAACUUUCUUUUAUUAUUAUUUUAAGUUAAAAGAAAAAGUAAUGCCCACGACCCGUUUCAGGGCCUGCGAGACUGGUGGAAAGGAGGGAGCGAGGGAAUAAUGUAUUCCCAGAUCAGAGACUUGGCUCAAAUGUUUGCACGAACUGUUCUAAAAGCAUUCUCCAUCACCGAAGCAGGUCAUAAACUGGAUUUGAACUCAGACCGCAAAGAACCAGAACAAAUACCGCAAGGCAUCUAGAACGACAUUUUUACACUCUCGCCAAUCCACCGCCUUGGAUCGGUACUUCUUAAAUUUCAAUGGAUCUCGAAAGGUUAAAAAAACCAAGUUAGCUUCGGCGGGGCUUGAACUCGCAACGCUUAAAGUCCAAACACACCAAGCGCU